GUGGAGCAGGGCUGAGUGAGGAGGGAGGAAGGGGGUGGAGGGGUUGUCCGUUUGACCAACAUCGAUUUGAGCGGAGGUAGUCGACACUCGUGGACAAGCCUUUACCGCGGUGGCAACGUCGGUGUGACAGCUCCCCUUCGCAGCGAGGGAGAGAAUGAGAAUAGUGGAUGUAGUUUGUACAGCGCGGCAACAGAGAAGUCACUUCAAAAGAUUUUGACAUGAAGAAGGAUAUAGACACAUUAAUAGCAGAAGAACGGGCUGAAAUCAUCUCUAAAUAUGACAAGGGCAGGCAGGAGGGUGUCAGUAUUGAUCCAUGGGAGGAUGCUGACUACAGCAUUUAUAAAAUCACAGACCGCUUUGGCUUCCUGCAUGAGAAGGAGCUUCCAACACCCAGUGUGCUUGAAGAAAAGCAAAAGCAGCAGGAGCUCGAGCGAGUUGAGAAAUGGCUGAAGAUGGUGAAGAAAUGGGACAAAUACAAGAGCAGUGAAAAGCUGGUGAAGCGUGUAUAUAAAGGUAUUCCUCUCCAACUUAGAGGGCAAGCUUGGGCCUUGCUUUUAGACAUAGAGAAGGUGAAACAAGAUGGUAAAUAUGAGAAAAUGAAGCAGCAGGCUCGUAACUUCUCCACAGAAAUUAAGCAGAUAGACUUGGAUGUUAACAGAACCUUCAGGAACCACAUCAUGUUCAUGGAUCGCUUUGGAGUCAAGCAACAGGCGCUGUUUCACGUACUAGCUGCUUACUCUGUCUACAACACGGAGGUGAGCUACUGCCAGGGGAUGAGUCAGAUCGCUGCCAUCUUGCUCAUGUACCUGAAUGAGGAGGAUGCCUUCUGGGCUCUGUCCCAACUCCUUACCGACAACAAGCAUUCCAUGCACGGGUUCUUCAUCCCGGGAUUUCCCAAGCUGCACCGUUUCCAGGCUCAUCAUGAGCUAAUCCUGUCCAAAAUGCUGCCUAAGCUCAAGAAACACCUGGACAAGGAGCAGAUGACAACAGGGAUUUACACCACAAAAUGGUUUCUGCAGUGCUUCAUUGAAAGAACGCCUUUCACCCUCACCCUGCGUUUAUGGGACAUCUACAUAUUGGAAGGGGAGAAGAUGCUAUCUGCUAUGGCUUACACUAUCCUCAAGUUACACAAAAAGCGCCUGCAGAAACUUCAGUUAGAGGACCUGAGAGAAUUUCUUCAGGAGCAGCUGGCUGCUUCUUUCUUCAUGCCUGAUGAUGCUGUAGUUGAACAGUUGCAGGCAACAAUGUCUGAACUACGCAGUAAAAAGCUGGACCAACCUCCUCCAGCCAAGUCAGAUGAGUUACCCAAGAAGCCUCUGGGUCAAGAGAGACCAGUUCUCCUUCUCCCAUUGCAGCCUGACUCUUCUGUGGAGGUCAAAAUAAGUCUGCAGUCUGAGAGCCAGCCCAGUACAGAUACCCAGGAAACAGUUGGCAUCACCGCACAUCAGCCUCCUUCCCUUGCAGAGCCCCAGGAAUCUAGAAGCCUCUCCAGGCCAAACACACCUAGUUUGCCUUCACCAGACCCUGUUGUGGUUCACACACAAGGGACACCAUCUUCUCUGAGGCCUUGUCGAAAUCCUCCGAUCCCUCCAAAAGUAGGGGUAAGGGUAGAUGUUAAGGAAUUGUUCCCAGCAGUUAGUCAGGAGAGGGGCAAAGAGGAAAACGAGACCUCAGUCACAGAGAUCCAAGAAGAACCUGUGGAUUGGCCUCCACCCUAUGAGCCCCCUCCCGUGGAUAUGCAUACAAUGCAAGCUGCGGAGGAAAUCAUGGAUCUCCCUGAUCUACCACCUCCACCUUUCAUUUUCCCUGACCAGAGUGACCAAAUGCCACUGGGAGGUUGUUCGCCCCAUCUGGAAGCUAGGACUGGCCCGGGUAUCCAGCAGUGCUCUCCCUCCCCCCGCUCAGCCUCACCACUGGUCAAUCAAAUUAAGCUAUCCCCAAAACUAUACCCUAAGCCUCCGACAUCACUUGACAUUAUGCAGAAAAAACCUUUGCCCUCAAAACCCUCCCCUAAUCGUGCCUUCACAGAUUCCUCUUCCUCCUCUUCCUCUCCCAGAAUUCCCCCAAAGCCAACCAAGUUCCCAGUCUCUCUAUACGUCCCGGUAUCUGCAGGAGAUAGACGGCCUUCUAACACCUCACAGUAUGACAACCUUUCGGAGGUUGACGAAGACGACCGCAAUCUGGAAAGAGUGCUGAGCUCUACUCCUGAGGAAAUUCCCAGCCUGCACAACAACCCAUCAUACAACCGAGAAUAUGACCCUGCUGUGUACCCUCUGCCUCCACCUCCUGUCUACAUGCAUCACUCUGCUUCCCCUCCCUCACUGUGUGCCCUUCCCAGUUUGCCACAAGAACCAGAAUAUGCAGGAGAGGGCAGUUGGGUGGAGGAUCCCAUCAUUGCCCCUCCUCCACCUAGUUUUGCCGACAGACUUAGUCCCCUCCAGUGCUCCACUGCCAGCGUUUCAGACCCGCACAAAGCCAUGUCACCUGGUUAUUCUAAGCCUUUCUCCAGGGGCCCCAGAGACCAUUCUGCCUUCCCAGCACCGCUGUUGUACACCGGGUCACCUCCGGCUCACUUAAGAUCCUCAGGACAAUCAGGAGUAGGAGUAGCUUUGGUCCAGUCCAGUCCAGACUUUUGCAGGGUGCCUCAAAGUGGACAUCAGUUGCCCAAAUCGGUGACAUUUUAAAGUGUUAUACAAAUGUUACUGAGUUAUUGAUUUUGACAAUAUGCUUGGGAUUCUCUGUUACUGCUUGUGUAAUUUUCAAAGCCAUUUUAAAGGUGAAAGGCCAGUAAGUUUUAAAUUUGUCGUGUGUGUGUGUGUGUGUGUGUGUGUGUGUGUGUGUGUGUGUGUGUGUGUGUGUGUGUGUGUGUGUGUGUGUGUCUCAUGUGCUCCGUGUAUAGAGUUCUGAUUCUUGCACCUUCUUUUAUGGGCAGUGGUGUCAAAUUUGUAUUUAAAUUCCUGUUUAACUGUUGGCUGCACAAAAAAAGUGUUGACUUGCCUGCUCUUUUUGUCAUGUGAGAAUAUGAGGUUUCAGUUUUUUGGAUUGUAAUGAGAAAUUUUCAGACGCGUUUGUCCAUACAACCUACACAUUUCACCAUUGGUUUGUUUCUCUCUGUUUAACAGUGUUCCAACAAAGUGUCUUAACCUUAUCGUAGUGCACUGAGGGUUGCAACUGUAACGCAAGGGCUUUGAGGCUGCCAAAUGAGACCUUCUUGCAACCAAAGCCUGUACAUUUAUGCUGAAUUUAUAUCAAACUGUGAGCAGGCUCACAUAUCUAACAGUAUAUCAAACUGUAAUGAGAAACUGUUAAUAUAACACUUUUCUUUACAGAAUUUUUAGGUCAUUACUUGAUUUAAAAAAGGACCACUAAUGCAGUGCACAGGCAAAGUUUUCAGAGAGUUUAAAGCUGUAUCCACCAGCAGCAAUAUGAAACGAUGUGAUACUUCUCUGCUUUAAACACUGAAGUUUAUAUCACAUGAAGCCUGGUCAGGUCAGCUAUUUCCCAGGCAGGUAGCAGUGGGUACUUUGUUUUUUUGUUUGUUUGUUUUUUUUUAUUUCUUUGUUUGGAUGCUUUUGUUUUCCAAAUGAAUAGUUCCAGUGUUAUCUGUUUGUCUAAUACUUGAUCUCACAGCAAUAAUGUACUGUGUAUAUAUACAUGCAUGUAUCGAUUCUAAUUAAGGAAAGACUAAAAUUAGGUUUCAUUCCAUCACAUCAGCAGUUUCCCAGUAAAAUCCAUUGACACUUUAGUUGAGAGUAGCGCCAUCUAGUGUUCAAAGGUGGAAUAGAUAGCUGUUGGGCUAAGACCGAGAUGCUUUUUGGGAAACUAUUUCUGCUUAUUAAUAGUUCUUCCUUUUAUUCUUGGUUAUGAAUGUGCACAUAUUCUGAGACUUAUACACGAGCAAAUCCCAUAUCUCACUGUUUAAGACUGAUAUAAACCAGGAAGAAAAAUUAAUCUGAGUUUCUUCACAUAUUUUAGAGCUAUUGGUGACUUUAGUGUUUUAUUUAAUGGUUAUAAAGAUUUUUUUUUUUUUUUUUUUUGAGAAAUGGAAGUUGAGCCAUAAUAUAAAAUACAAGGACCUACUGUAUAGUCAAACAUGUUUAUGUUCUUACAAUUAUGACAUUGUAUGUAAACAUCAGUUUUGGGUUUGGUUUUUUUGCACUGACAUUUGUUAUUACAGACUUUGCUGUUCUUUAUUUUAUUUUAUUUUUUUAUUUUUUAUGGAAUUACAAAUUAGUGCUAAAGUCUUUGGUCUAGGUUUGCAGACUCACUGUACAUUCUUGUCUAACAACUAGGACCUUAGCUCCCACACAAGUAUAUUUGGCUUGCUGGAGUAUUUUGUCAUGGGACCUGAGCACCAAUUGUGGAUCAGUGCUCCUUUUAUGGAUCUGUUUGGCAUCAGUGAGAUUUGGGCUCAGACCAAAGCUUAUGUGCAGUUAUGCAACUAUGUGAGUUUUAUAAAGAGACAAACCCUG